AUGGUUAACGUAUUUAACGUUCAGAUUUUUUUCAUUGUCUUUCGUGAAACCUUAGAAGCUGUUGUCGUCGUUUCGGUCUUAUUAGCCUUCUUAAAGCAAGGUUUAGGGGGAGCAACAAAUGACCCAGCUGUAUAUAAAAAGUUAGUCAGACAGGUUUGGGUAGGGGCGCUUCUAGGGUUGUUGAUAUGUCUUAUUUUGGGAGGUGCUUUUAUUGGUACAUUCUAUUCGUUAGGUAAAGAUAUUUGGGGUAAUUCUGAAGAUUUAUGGGAAGGGAUUUUCUGUAUAAUUGCGACGGUAUUAAUUUCGAUGAUGGGUAUUGCUAUGUUGCGUGUUAAUAAGAUGAAAGAAAAAUGGAGAGUUAAAUUGGCACAGGCUUUAAUCAAGGAACCACCAAAGGGAAAAGACAGAUUCAGAAUUGGGUACUUGACUAAGAAAUACUGUAUGUUUAUCUUGCCAUUCAUUACCACUCUCAGAGAAGGGUUAGAAGCUGUCGUUUUCGUUGGUGGUGUUGGUUUAGACAGUCCUGCAUCAUCUUUCCCACUUCCAGUUGUCUGUGGUUUGAUCGCAGGUCUUUUUGUCGGUACCUUGUUGUAUUAUUUUGGUUCUACUGUUUCUUUACAAGUUUUCUUGAUCAUUUCCACUGGUAUCUUGUACUUGAUUGCUGCAGGGUUAUUUUCCAGAGGUGUUUGGUUCUUUGAAACCAACACUUAUAAUAAGGCGACUGGUGGUGAUGCUUCUGAAAAUGGUUCAGGUCCUGGUACUUACGAUAUUUCCAAAUCGGUCUGGCACGUUAAUUGUUGCAACCCUGAAACCGAUAAUGGUUGGGAUGUCUUCAACGCUCUUUUGGGAUGGCAAAAUUCUGCCACAUACGGUUCAGUCAUUUCUUACAACAUCUACUGGAUUGCUGUGAUUGUAACCUUGUUAUUGAUGAUGUACGAAGAAAAGACAGGACAUUUACCAUUCUUGAAGAAUGUCACAUUAGUCAAAUUGAACCCAAUGUAUCACAUUAAAAAUAAGAAGAAGCAUGAACUUACUAAAGAACAACAAGAAGAAUUGUUCGAAAAAGUCAGAAAUCAAAGGAUUGUGGCUGACGGUGAGUCAAACGAGAGUUCUAUGCUUUCUAAUAAGGAAGCUAUUAAUGCAGUUGAGAAAUAA